UCUAAUACAAAUUGCAUACAAAUUUAGGACAGAGUUAACUGAACUUAAUUUGUACAUAACUAUGUAUACUAAUUGUUAAAAGUAUCUUACAGUUUACUAGAUAACAUUUUUAUCUGUUAACUUUCAAGCUGCUAGUACUAACACCAGCUACUCAUGAAAUGAGUCAGCUAACUUUCCUUUUAACCGUUUGUUUUUGCUCCUUAAAGGUGUUAUGAAAGUUAUGUGAUGACAAGCUGGUCGAGGUUUAUUCUUUUAAAGCUUAUGUAGCAAUUUUAUUGUUGCAGUAGGCGCUUAAAAAUGGGUCAGAGUUAUUCAGCAAUUGAGUGAUAACAGUUACCACUCAAAUUUGAUGACCUGUUUAAAAAAUCGAUUUGGUUUAAAGAAAAAUACUACAAAAAUUAUCUUUACAAUAUUUUGAAGCAGACAGAUUUUGCUUUUUAUUUAAUUUGAUUUUUAAAAAAUUUCAUUGAUACCGGAAUUAUCCAGAAACAGUCAAGGCAGAUGUAUACUUAAGCUAAGACAGACUAUGAAAAAAUAUAGUAAAUUAUUAAUUCUAAUCAAAACAAAUCUGAAUCAUUAAAGGGCUGACAACAUUCCCUAAAGGAAUUGCAUUAAAAGGAUGUUACAAUUCUCAUUUCAGUUCCACCAAAAAAGUAAAAAUUUGGAGCUGUGAACCAAGUACAGAUUUCUUCUCUGAUGUCAGCACAAUGGGUUUGUGCUCUGAUAGUUAGCUCUCACUUCCUGGGUGAAACUGCCAUAGAUGUCAAUGGGACUUUCAACUAUGAAGUGAGAACACAAUAGCAGUAGACUUAAAAACUACUCUGUAGAUCCUAUGGCACUUUUCAAAAGAGAAUGUUAACCCUAGUGUCUGGGUCAAAUUCCAACUCAGAUAAAACUACAUCCUAGCUACCUAACUUACCUCUUACAUUUUCAAAUGUCUGUGGUAUUCUUCUUUACUUCCUGUACUAACCGUUGGGUAGUAUUAUAGCUAUGCACUGUUGAACAGUUACUGCAUUUCAUACACUACCCCCCUUCCCACACCCUGUGAGGUAUGAAAAGGAGAUUUUAUAUAAAAUGUAUAUAAUCUUCUUUUUGUACCUCACAAGGAUGGUUUUGCUUUGGUGUUUACAAUGUGUUUGUAGAUCCUUGGAUGAAAAGUGCUGCUAAAGUGGAAAGCAUUAAGAAUUGUUAUUUUUUCUAGAGCACUGUGAUUUAAUUAUUCCUCUAUCUGUAGUUUUGCAUCAGAUUCUUUAUUUGUAAGUAUAAAAACAAAGCCAUUAAUUGUAUCAUUAUCAGAGGCCGUUUUGGCUGGAAUGUUAGGAUUUUUGCAUCACUGGUAAGUAAGGAACCAGAAACAAAAUGAAACUUUCCAGGGAAGCAUAACAACUACUGAAGGAUGCCCCAGAACGGAUAAUUUAUUAAUCUGCUCAGGUGUGUUAGAGAGGCUGUCACAGCUGAUGGGAAGAAUAUGAAUUUGAGCCAUUAGAAUAGGGAUCAAAUGAAUACCUAGGGCUGGCUACUCCACUGCAGUAAGGGGAACUGCAUCUAGUUACACCAGCUAUGAUUUUGGCCCAUGAAAUAGACACUGCAUGUGCUUUAUCAGUUGAAGCAUAUUGCUUUAGUGUUACAUACCUGAUCCAAAGCCCUUUAAAGUUGAUGAAAAGAUUCCCAUUGAGUUUAGUGGACUUUGGAUCAGGUCCCAAGAUCUCUUUUUAUGAAUUAGACCCAGACUACAUGAUAUUUUUUAAUAUUUUUCUUUUUGUUGUAAACGGCUUCUUUCAGGGCUGCUCAUCUUAAAUCUUUAAUCCACAGUGUAAUUGGGUUUACCACCCACUGGGCUCCUUCAUUUGGCACCAGCAUCGUUGUCAGAUAUACCAAAUUCUUAUAGGCUAUAGGCUACUUUGUCCCCCCCUCAGAGAAAUCAGUAGAAGGAUGGGGCAAGUGGCCAGGAAACUCUGUGAAAUUACACUGGUGCAGUUUCAGGGCAAUUAUCUCCUGAGGUGGAAAGAGUCUUAGGUAUUGGGGAUUUGAGAGGAAAGGAAACACAGGAUGAGUAAUCUGUGCAGCUUUGCUGGCUCCACCCACCCUCUGUAGCAUGGCUCCUCCUGCAAAAGCACUGCAAUUAGCUGGGUCCCCUUUGCAGCAGCCCAACUCAAAGCAGCAUCAACUCCUAGUUGGAUUUCCACAGAGAAAUCCAUGGAGCCAGUAGAAGACAAUACUGGCAACAGCAGGUCGUCCACUGCCCUACCCAAUCUUGCCCCGACUCCACAACCCUGCAGUACACUGCCUCCACAUUCAGAGGCGGAUUAAGAUUUACUGGGGCCCUGGGCACAAAGACCAUUUGGGCCCUGCACACCCUCGGGGCCCAGAGGUGCCAGAACUGGGACGGCCAUGCCCGCCCACUUUUUAACAUGGGCAUAGUAGCCUUGGGCAGACACUGAGUGGCAGCAGCAUGGGUGUAGUUUGGGGGGGGCAUUGCCCCCCAAACUGCAAGCCUCCGGCCAGAGGCGACAGGAGGAGCGUUGCUGCAUGUGGGUGCUGCCUUGGGCACAAAGCUCAGGCGCCAGCGGGGGGAGCCUGUCACUGGGAGCAGGAGGGACCUGGCAGGGGCAGCCUGGCAGCGGGAACCCGGCUCAGGCACAGAGCGAGCCCAGGUGGAGUACAGCGGCAGCUGAGGCCGGGCCAGUAGCAGUUGGAGCUGCACCAGAGGAGCCCUCCCUGCCUGGCUCCUCACUGCCUGUGACCUUCCUGGGGUUCCCCACUGCCUCCCAGGCCAGGGCAGGGCCUCCUCUGCCUGCAGAGCAUGUCUGCAGGUCCCGGGAAGGGGGCAUGAGGCCAGACCGGAGCCCCUGCCCCUGGGUCCCACCGGCAGCGGCGUGCCCCGGGGGCUGGAGACAUGGCUGGGGGCUGCUCUCAGGCACCCUGGCCCCCACCUAGGGCAGGUGGAGGGUCUGGGGCUCCCCAUAGCGGCCUGAGCUCCCUGGGCGGCUCCUACCAGGGCCCGGCUCCGGCUUCUGUCCUGGCCAGGGGUGGGGCUCUGGGGGAAGAGGAGGACCAGGAGGUGGGGCCACAGUACCAAUACCGGUGGCUCCUCCACUUCUACCCAGGUUCUGGCAUUCCUGCGGGGCCCCCCAAAUUGACUAGAGCCCCUUGGCACAGGCCCCAUGGGCGCAUACGUUAAUCUGCCACUGUCCACAUUGCUCCAGCAUAGGAGUUUCCCCAAAGUCCAUAGGCAGUGGGUAUAAGAGGCCAGGGCAGGUUAAGCCUCCCCAAACAGCUGGCCCACCACCUUUGGAGCCUGCUGCUGCCGAAAGGGUGGGUGCCCCGGCCGUGGCCCUACCUAUGCUCUGCCCCGAGGCCUUGCUUCCGUUCCUUCUCUUCCCCCACAAGGCUCCACCUCUUCCCUUUCCCCACUCUGCCCACACGACGGCCUUGUGGAAGAGGGUGAAGAGGCGCAUGCAAGUGGUGAGGGGCCAGCUGGCAGGCAGGGGAGUCUGGGGGAGGGGCAAAGAAGUACAUGUGGUAGCAGGGGCCUCAGGGAGGAGGCCAAGCAUGCCGGUGGUGGAGCAUGGGAGGGGAUUCAGGGGAAGGAGGCUGAGCGGGGGCGGGCCUCAGGGUGGGGCCGCAAUCCAGGCAUGUCCAGUUUCCCCAAAUGAAGGAGUCAUGUGCCGCCUAUGCCAAGGUCCCAGGUAAGCUGGAAAAGCUGCCAUGGGUCUGGAAUGUGUAUGGGUUGACAAAUGGGCACUCCCCACAUUCUGGCAUAGUUACACCCAUCUUUUUUCCAUCCAUUUUCUCUCUCCCUUUUCUGCCUGCUCCUUUUCCCCUCCUUCUUGGCAUCUUUUCCUUUCUGUGACUUCUUUUGUUUGCCACCUCUUUAUCUUUUUGCUCACUUUUCUCCUUCCUAUCCCUCUUCCUGUUUCCCCUUCUGUGCUAGCUCUGAUCCUUCCCAUUCUGCCACUCCACAGAACACUACAGAUGAAGGGAGACCAUUAGUGCAACCCACAGCUGAAUUGAGGGCCGUUGGAGAACAGAAGGCUUGAGUAGGCUGGCUGCUGCCUGAGCCUUCACUCUUGAAUAUGUACACCGCUUUUGCAGACAGCUACAUUAGUGGCCACCCUGGGGGCAGAGAGGGAAGGUUGGUGGCUGGGAUGAUUUAAUUGGGGAUUGGUCCUGCUUUGAGCAGGGGGUUGGACUAGAUGGCCUCCUGAGGUCCCUUCCAACCCUGAUAUUCUAUGAUUUUCAAGGAGCCACCAGCUGCUUUAUCUCAGAUCCAGCAGCACUUUUGCAGUAUGCGUGGCUGAAUGGAUCUGAAUGGUUCUGCAACUUUCUCCAUCAACACUGAUCCCCUUCCUUUGCCCAAGGUCUCCCCAAGCCAGUUUGGUGUGUCCCACCUCACUCCCCCAGGCUGGGAAACACCACAACACUUUUGCUUUUACUUCAUCCCACGAGAGACCCAAAACCUUAUGUCAGUAUUUUCUUUAUAGAGAUGCUGUUAAUUUUCCUUUAAUUAAUUUUAAAAGAUAAAGUCCAAUAAUAAUCUCCUGAUAAAUUUAAACCAUUUACCCUUUUUUCACGGACUUAGGGCUUGUCUACAUGGAGAUUUAGUGAGUGGCACGCUUGGAUAUAAAUCUACAGCACACUAGCUUGCCAUGCACUAACUGGGUCUGUGGACAGUGCUACUAUGCACUAAAUGUUUUGUAGCACGCUCUGAUAUACUGCUGCUGGAAAUUUUAGUGCACAGUAGCAGGGUCCAAACAGCCAGCUAGUGUGCUGUAAUUUACCCCUCAGCUUGCCAUGCACUAAGUUUACAUGUAGACAGGCCCUUAUAUGGGAUAUGUUCCUAACGCAAGUUAGUGGAAAACCGUGAUGCAAUCCUAAGGUCAGGACAAGUCAGUGGAAAGGCACUCAGAGCUAGAUUCACAAGUGAAACGUAGGUGCCUAACUAUCUCUUUAGGCACCUACGGCCAACAUUUAGGUGCCACUGGCAUUCACAAAACCACUGCUCAGCUGCCACCUAACUCUGCAGGUGCCUAAGAUUCUACUGAUAAAGUUCUCUAAAUAUCUGCUGCUGGGCAUGCACGCAUCUGCCUACAUCUUGACAUAACUGAAUAGGUUUGUGCCUAACUCAUGCCUAAGCCCUGGAGGAAUGCACAAACUAGGUGUCUUCCUGCCUGUCCCACCUGCAGGCUGCUUAUGAGCCUGCCCACCAGUUCAGACCUCACACAAAACACAGCCGAGGAAGGGAGUAGUCUAUAUGCCCCCUUUAUGCCCAAUAGCUCAGUGAUAAGAGCACUCACCCAGGAUGUGGGAGACCUGAUGUCAAAUCCCCAUUCUGCCUGAUGUGGAGCAAGGACUUAAACCCACGUGUCCUCCCUCCGACUGGGCUAUAGCCUAUUCUGGGACAGGUUUCUCUUAAGGUCUCCUGUUGAGGCUGGUCCAUGCCUCCUCCUUGGUUUUCCUUAAGAAACGGAUGAACUGUGUUAGGCGCCUAACUUCAGGAUAGGAUUCAUGGCUGUGAAUUCCAAGUGGAGGGAGGCACCUCCCUCUGGUCCAGAGUUAGGUGCUUAAUUCCCUUUGAAGGGCAAGGCUUAGGUCACACCUGUCUCCUCAGCAUUUGUUACUGGCUAGCUUAGGCAGCUCAGCAUGAUGCUUUUUGUGAAUCCCCGUCUUAAGUGCCUAACUCUCUCCAUGCAUUGUAUAGGGAGCCUGAUGCCUAACUUGGGGUUAUGAAUGUCACUUGGCAGCAGGACACAUAAAAGUUAGGCACUGCAAUGCUCAGUGUUGUAAUGUCUAGAUCUCCCUUGUGAAUCUCACCUCACAGCAGGGGCGCCGAAACAGCGGGAGGGGAAGGGGGGACCAAGAGACAAUGGCCCUCCCACUUCUUGAAAGUGGACGGGCCUGACCUGUCCACUCUUUGACCGAGCCCGGCUCUCUGCCCCUUCUCUUCCUCCCCAAGGCCCUGCCUCCCGACCAGGCCGGAAGCUGGAGUUUGGACCGGGUAAGAGUGGCCCAGGGAGCUGUGGGGCGGCAUGGACCCCGCACCUGCCCGGGCAGGGGGGGCCCUGAGAGCAGCCCCAGCCCAUGUCCAGCCCCUCACCCAGGGUAGGUGGAGGGCCCAGGUGGCUCUUUGGCCCCUGAGGGCCCACCCCCAGGCCAGGCUGGAAGCUGGAGCCAGGUCAAAGUAAGAGCCAUGCGGGUAGCUGUGGGGGCUGCAGAUACUCCACUAUCCUGGGCGGGGAGCCCAGGGGCAGGGACAUGGGUUGGGGGCUGCUCUUGGGCCCCCCACCCUGGGGAGGUGGAGGGACCUGAGCUCCCCAGCCAGGAUCUGUCUUGCAGCUUGGCAGGGGGCGCGGCCUCAGAGAGGAGAGAGGGAUAGGGGUAGGGCCACAAAGGGUGCAGGGCCUUGUGCCCCCCCCCCCACUUUUAGGCAGAAUCUGUUGCUCCUGCCUUACAGACUCCUUCAAAAGGGGCAUCAUAAACAGAUACUACUGUGCAUGUCAGUGGGUUCUUUUUAAUAUUAAUUUCAUUAUUUCAAUAUUAUAUGAAGAAAAAUCCCCAGAGGUAAUUCAUAUGAAUGAAAACUAAGACCUUGCUCUAGAAAGCAAUUAAGCCUAAGGGCUAAAUUCAGUGGGACUACUAGCAGAGUGAGUACUGCUAAAACUAAGACUUGUCCACACUAACAGUUAGGUUGACCCAGCUACAUCACUUAGGGCUAUAAAUAUCCACAUCUUUGAGUGACGUAAUUAAGGCAACCUAACACUGGUCAAUUUUUGAAAAGAGAACCUGUAUUACAUCACAGGUCUCUAUGCUGACUUUGGGUAUAAAAUUAUUCUUCUUGAAACAGACAUGUAGAAAACAUUUUUUCAAUGAAGUAAAGAGAAAAAGUAAAAACUAAUUAUCAAUCACUGCAUUGGAUUAAAUCUUGAGGCCUCCUCAGGAUGAAAGCAACAAGAACCACUGGAUUAUAGUGUAACUGUCAAAUGUCCUGUUUUUAGUUUAUUGUUUAAACAUACAAUUAUUUAAUAUACAAAUGCUAUCAUGUGAUGCAAGUCAAUUUUUCCUCCAGCAAUAUAUCAGGGAAAAAACAAAUGAUGAAUUCACUUAAAAUGUUGAAUGUAAUAUGUGAGAGAAUAUUAUAAUGGCUCAUAUAUACGACAAAACAGAAACAUGAGACCCUGGAAAAUGCACACACUAUUCAUAGUAUGUUUACUCCCAGGCAGAUUGGCCUUUGCAUAUGGGUGGACCGUACGAUUCUGUCAAAACUGAAACCUGAUAAACUCUUACCUCCUGCUUUUACACUGAGUCAGUGAUUGCACAUGACACAUUAAAAAGGGAUAUAACUACGCAGGCAUUACUUUUGUUAUUUUAUUGGUCCAUAGUAAACAACAUAUGUAAUUGCUAUGUAUUUUUAGCAUUUUUUCAUAUACUUUAAAAAUGUUUGAUAUGGAGUUCAGAUUGCAAUGGUUUAUAGUAGAGCUGAGAGAAUAAUUUAUGGCAAUUUAUUUGGUUGAUUUAGCUUCUUUUUCUGCUCAUGACAUGCAUAUGAGCAGAUUGUGAUUUCCCCAAAUGUAUUCAUCAUAUGAGUUCAUUCAAUGAAUAUCCUUUUAGUUUUUUUACUCAAAAAUUGUUUAUGUAUAGUGGAAAUUUGAGUUGUGUUAGUCACAGUCGGUCAUGUUAUUGUUUCUCAUCCUUGACUGGUAUGAAUACCUAUAUGUGUGAACUUAACAUUUGGCUCUUGUGAGUAUUCAAAGGUGCAACUUUGAAAUUUUCUUCCCACAAAAUUUUUUUGCCCAUAAAACUUAUUUGUUUGAAUUGUUUGCAGAAAUGGAAUACAAAUGAGUUAUGAACACUGCUAAGGUGAAUUCGUCAACAAAUAUUUGCCAAACUUUUUGCAUUAUUUCCCUAGCUCUAGGUUAUAGUGACACCUGUCUCCAAACAUUUCAAGCAUGCUCUGCAGCUAGAACUAAUUUAGUAUUCAGGACAUGUCAGUGGACCAGGUAAUUUGGAUUGCAGUUAUACUUCUGUAAAUUCAAGGUGGUGUCACUGUCUUUAACAGAUUCAUUCUGGAUUUACACCAGUGUAACAGAGUGCAGAAUUUUUUGUCCAUCAUGUCUGUUUAAGUUCUAUGUUUUUGGUGCAGGGACUGUUGUUUCCUAUGUAUUUGUACAGUGUCUAAUGCAGUGACCUGAUCUCAGCUGGGACUUCUAGAUGCUGCUGUAAAUAAUAAAUAAAUUUUUAAAAAUUAAACCAAAUAUUAGUCUUAAUGGGCCAAACUCUGCUUGUUUUACUUCCACAAUACUCCCAUUUAAGUCAAACUUCAGUGUUCAGACCACUUCAACACUGAUGGCUCAGAGACCAUAGGUGCUGGAACUAAGGGUGUGGGGGGUGCUGCACCACCCCCUGGCUCAAAGUAGUUUCCAUUAUAUACAGUGUUACAGUUUUGUUCAAUGGCUCUCAGCACCCCCCACUAUGAAAAUUGUUCCAGCACCUCUGGCUCAGACUGACACCAUUGCAUAGUUUACUCCUAGCCACCUCACAAUCUUGGGGAUGGGAGAAGGGAAUAAUGUAUUACACAUUUCCUAAGUGAUAUAAAAUGCUUUGUUUUGAUGUUCUGCUCAUGUGUGGUACAUAAAGGGCUGCUUUCAGCCCUGGAUUACACUGGCUCCUGCUAGUAUAACUAAAACCCAGGGCCCCCACCUGUGAAAAGGUAAUCUGAAUGGGAGUUGUAGUGACAGAGGACAUCCACAAACCUUGCACUGUUAAGAGGUCUUCAGUCAGCCAGGGGAGAAGCCAAAGUGGAUGGCAUUGGCUGGGGCAUUUAAACAGCCAGGUAAGCAUUGAAUCCACAUCUCUGCUGCCCAGGCUCCCAUAGAUCCUUGAUCACAAACUGAAGCUACUCUCCUCUGACAGAAACUUGAGGGGGCGAAAGGGGGCGAGCAAUGCAAAAUACACCUGGCCAUCCUCCAGAAAUGAAUCCCUUCUGUAGCACCACAGCACUUAUGGUACCUGGCAUUGUCUCUAUUUUCGGUCUUUUAUUAAAAUAACGCUUUUAAAAAUACAUAUACAAAAAAGGAGAUAUGCACUGAAUACAGUGCUUUCCAUUGCAUAUAAUCCUUACUUAUCUGAUGAAAACUUCAGAAACUAAAUUACAUGUAAAGUAUUAAAAAGAAAGCAGCUUCGACCCUUAAUUUUGGUUGCCUCAAACAGGUGUUACUGCAUAAUUCAAUGUUCAGCAUGUGAAUAGAAUACUAUGCUUUAUGCCAGUGUGAGCCCCCAAAAGGACAAUACAAAGCAAUCUUCAGCCAUUUAUUCUGGGAAAAAUAUGAGCCGAUGCUGUGGAUGAUAAAGGAGAAUGGUUGGGAAUGGAAUGUGUAGGAGUAGAAAAUGAAUUGUGGUGCACCUAUCACCAUUUAGGGCAUUGUGGGAGAUGGGAUGAACCUGGUCUGUAAUGUCUCGUGCUGUGCAGUCUCUGUGUUAAACUAUAUUGGGACAAAGAACAAUGCUGCACCUUUAGUAGAACCAAAAGAGGCUGUUUAGAUGGUGGGAGAGUUUCCCUGAAAGUAUUCAGUAAUGUUGAAAAACUGGGGUUCGAAGUUAACAUUAUUUAUUGUUUUGUGUCACAGUGGUACUUGGAUUCUUAAAUUGGUGGAUGCGAAGGGGCCAGACCCUCCAAUUUUGUUUAGGUUGUGACUUGGAAAGCACUCCUAUUCAGGAAAGCACUUGUGCACCUGCUUAAAUGCUUUUCUGAACUGGGGCCUCUCAUAAGUAAUUCUUAUUUAGACAGCUCACGCUGUUGAAGCCAGUAAGACUACUUGCAUAAGUAAGGAUUAGUCAUUUUAGCAAAGUGUACAGGAUUGGCCCAUCUUUAUUCUCUUAAUAAAGAUCUGUGGGGAUGGAGCGGAAUUUACGGUAUGCAAUAUGUCCAACACCCAUUGGUUUUAAUGAUGCAGUAUUCAAUCCUAUGUGUUCCUUGUGUCUAGUCCUUGAAUUGUCAAUAAAAUGCAGCAUUUUGGAAAUUUGGAAGUAUUGUUUCUUGGUAUCUGCUUUGGCCAUACUUCAACAAUCCCACUAACAGGCAGCGCAAACUAUUUGAUAUUUAUGUUCACUGAUAGGAUCUGACCAAAAAGUGAGUGUGUCAAUGACAACUGGCACAAACAUGACAAAGAAUCUGACAAAAGAGGAGGUAAACAAUAUCAACAAUGUAACUGCUUUCCUGAUAGGAAAAUGCAAUGUUAAUCCUGUAAAAUGGUCAAGGUAGAAAGAUCAACACAUAAGUAAGCUUGGCAGAAUUCAAUUUUUUUUAUAAUUUUGAUGGAUAAUUUUUUACUUUAAAGCUUUUUAAUAUUUUUAUUGAUUUAUAUUUUCAUAUUUGCAUAAAAUGAUGAGGGAGUCAGACAGACAGAUGUUGAGAUUCAAAAAGUUAAAGAUUUAUAACUGUUAAAACACAAAUUGUCAACAUCACAUCUCAAAAUACAUGAAGUAAAUAUUCUUAAAUUACACUCUAAUAAGUUCUUAAGCAGCAUUUCCCCCCUGCUUUGCCUAUUUGUAAAUUUCAAUUAUCAUCAAUGGAAAUAUUUUCUCAUUGGUUUGUGUGUGUAUGGUGCAACUGACACUUACCAACAUUUAUUUAUGAAAAUCUAGUUCUUCGAAGACUACUGAUAAAUUAUUACUGUAAAAUUCUAGUAAUCACUUUCUAUAUGGGUUAGGGAAUAUAUAUAUAUAUUUUUAAUAUCAAUUAGUGUAGGAUUUUAGAAUUCUUAAAUGAAACUCUGAUUUAUAAAACCAUUUGCUUUAAUAGGAUGAGUGCUAUCUCAGUUCUUAAACCUCUUUCCGAACACCUGUGGAAGGAAAGGGAAAAUGUUCUCAACCACACUUUUUUUGACUCCCCCCUAAACAUAUCCAGUUCAGUUGCUGUUUCUUUCACACAGCACUGUAGUUUUCCUCGCUUUUCAUUAUGUAAUCUUUGCUUCUUUAAAUCUGGGUGCUCUCUCUCACUACAGGAAACCACUGUAAUGUUGUGUAACACUGCUAAAUAACUCCUCUCCAAACUGAAACGUGGCAUGGAAGGUCUUAGGCUGAGUUGGGAAUAUUUUUAUUUUUACAGAAUUAAAAAAAAUAUUUUAAAAUAUACUGGUUUUAUGUAAAUAUAACUCAGAAAUGACAACUUAAAAACAAAUAAACCCUGAAAUUUGACAGGCAGCCAGCCUAUAAUAAGGUUUAAUCACCUUUGUCAUCCUGGAAAAUAAACAUGACACAUACUGUUACACAUUGGAUUGGAUUUCUCAUUUCUCACCAUACAUUUUGAAAAGAGUUUUUAAACUACAGACAACAUUUAUAUGUGAAUGUAUGGUAUAUCAUACAAAUUAUACAUGCUGGGCCUAAAUUUAGUCUCAUACUGGUUUUACCCCACUGUUGCAGGGUAGAUACACCCCAUCAUGGAGUUUUCAGUCAUGUGUGACAAAUAAGGGGUUCUGGCUCAAAUGGCGAGAGUAGGUAUUGCUAUCCUAGCCUACAAAGCGGGUCAGUGCUGCCCAGUAGCCAGAGUCCUUGGGGCUAUCCUUGCUCUCAGAGGAGAGUGGCCUAAUAGCCAAAAUCCUUGCACAGUGCCCAUACCUUGCAGUAUGUGUGGGGCAUGAUGGGGGGACCUGGGCCCAACCAUCUGCAAUGGCUCCUGACCCAGGGCCCUGUGAAACCAGUGAUCCAUAAUUUGGCUCAAUUUUCUAUUUUAACAGUUACUUUCCCUGGGUCGCUUCCUAUCAAGGGUUCCUGCUUUGUCAGUUCUCCCGGGGGUGUCGGCCUUCUGGCUCACUCUUGUCCUACAGGGUCAGCAGGGGUUCUGUGGUCGAUCCCACUGGCUCGACCUCCAUAGUCUGUAGCUCCAGCCACGCCCUGGCAGGAGCUAGCAACAUAUAUCCACUCUCCUCCUCAGCCAGCACAAACUGAGCUGGGCCACACCCUUUUAUAGCCUGUCUCCAGGUCGAGCAUGCCUAGCAGGGGCAAGGCCUCUUCAGCCCACAGUGUGAGGUUGACCCCAGCUGGGUCAGUGCUAGGUAGACACAUCCCAUUGCACCCAGCUUAACUCUACUGACUUCAUUAUUGUUUUUCCUGAUCAAAAGCUGUUUUUAUAGGAGCAAUGAGCUACAUUUAAAAAACAUUAACAUUGCCCAUCUUGAUUUAAAGAUAAGGGCAACAGCAACAGAUCUACUGGCUGCAAGGUGAAAGCAACCCUGCCUCAGUGGGCUCCUUGAAAUUCAACACAGUGGUGGGGUUAGUAAUGUUUUAAGUGUCUAGCUUUGUACUGUAUUACAUCUAAUCAUUUAUUAAAAAAAAAAACAGUUGGAAAGAAACAAGAAGCCACAAUGCCCAACUACCUAUUUAGGUACUUAUAUACCUCCCUUACUAUAGUAUUCACUGUCUGAGGGGUGGGUGAAGGGCAGCAAUGCUGGCAAGGUAACUUUUUAGUAGCUGGGAUCCAAGAAUGUAGGAUUUGAAACCUAUUUUUUGCUAGCAAAACCAAGAAAUUACAAUGUAAGGACCACUAAGCUCACACUCUUUAAAUAUAUAAACAUAAAAUUAUGAGAAUUAAGGAUGAACUGUCAGCUGCUACUGGUGAAUUUUGUGAUUUAUUAUUCCAUGUCAAAAGUACAUUAUUAAAUGUACUGCUGCUAGUAAGAACAAACGGGAUCUUCUAAAAUUUGGAGUUGCCAAUUUGUAGGCAGUGUUGAAAUGCAGUCAUGCAUUAUCCUUUGUGAUCUUUUCUCUAUAAGAAAACAUCUUUAUUUUAAUUUUAAAUAGAACUUAAACUUCUGUGUUCCUUGGAACAUACUGCCCUUUGUAUGUACAUCCUGGAACCGAUGUCUUAUUGGGAGGGGAAAGUAAAGCCCUAUUAAGUUAUGUGGCCUUGGGGUUUGCUGAGAAAAGCAGUAUUAAAUGUGUUAAUUUAAAAAUGUAAUUAUCUCAAGGUCAUGUACUGGCACACAAUAUAAAAUAUAUAUUCUGCAAAAACAGAAGCAACUUAAGUCAAUGUUCACAUCUCCUGGCAAUGUAUAUUGGCCAAAAGGGAAGAUGGUGAAGUUACACCAGCAAUCACUUUGGUCCUCACUCCUCCCAGGCUCCUUUUACUACUGAGCAACAACUGGUUGUCAGGAAGAACAGAAUGUCUGCCUGUGUUGGAAGAACUGUCUUUUAAUUUAUCCCAUAGAUUUUGUGUGCAUGAGGAAAGGACAUUAAAUCAUGCUUUUGUAUGUUCUAAAUCAAGAGCUGGCUCAGACUGAGAAGACUGCAAAGAGUCUGUUAUGCUGAUGUUGACUGUUCUGUGUAUGUCAGGUGGGUGGGUGGAGUAGUUCAAUGGCCUUGUUGCUGCUUACAGCUGUCAGUCAGCAACAGCAAGUAGUCUGGAUCUCCAUGUGGUCAGGGAGAAAUCCAAAGCCAGGAUAGACAGUGGUAGCUACAGAAGCUAUCUGUGUGCAUCAGAUCAGACGUUGCAUAGUCCAGCACUGCUGGCAGAAAUUCUCUUUCUGAGGGGGUUGGAUGCUGGCUCUUACCAACCCUAAAACCAAUUGUCCGUUAAGGAGCUCUCAGGGAAAGCUUUCCCUUUCAAAAUAAAGCCAGACAACAGAGUCCCUCACAUGUUAAGAGAAAGCAGGAGCUACCAUAGCAGACUGAUGAUUUUCAUAGAAAAUAAAUGCCACUGAUAGAGGAUGUGCGUGCUUGCGUUUGCAUGUCUUUCUCUAUCUACCUUAGGUACUUGUAUAGCUCCCAUUACCAUAGUCUUUGAAUACCUCACAAUGCUUACAGAGACAAGGUGGGUAUUUUUUAUUAGACCAAUUUCUGUUGAUAGUUGUUUUGUGUUUCCUACAUGAUUUCUAGGUAAGCUUCCUGAUUUUUUUCUUCCAGUGGGCAGGUGCAUGUGAUGAUUUCUUGUCUGAGAUGGCCCAUUCUGGAGUACAUAAGGUGCAGUAAAUGGUUCUUCAGUUUUUCACUCGCCUUGUCUCUCUAAUAUCCUGGGACUAACACAGCUCCCCCACCACGGCAUAUCACAGUCCUUAAUGUAUUACUGUAAUCCUCACAACACACCUCUGAGGCAGGGAAGCACUGCUAUAUCCAUUUUAUACAGAGGAAAGCAGGGGUGCUUGAACAAUUUGUAUAGUGGGGGUGUAACAGCCACUGAACCAAACUGUAAACCCUGUAUAUGAUGGAAACUUCUUCAAGCCAGGGGGUGCAGCACAUGUGGGGGGAACCCAGACACAGCCAGAUAAGUGAUUUGCAGCAGCUCUAGGUUUGUGACAGGGCAGGGAAUCAAAUCCAGGUCUGGCGAGCCCCUAACCUAGACCAUCCUUCCUGUCAUUUAGUUUUAUUACCUGAGUGAUAGUGGGUAACACCCAGAGAACCGAUUGCACGCAAUAAAUUGAAUGCCUUGCAGUGAUAAUUGCCAAAUGACUAUAGGGCAGCAGUCCAAGGGAAGCCCGCCUAGGAAUCAGUGCAAUGUGCAUGCACACAGAGCUGAAAACAAACUCCUGCAGCCAGGCGAGUCCCGUUGCCGCAAAACCCUGGAGCAAACUCCAAAGCUGCUUCUCUGCUCAUUUUGUAGUAAACAAAACCUGCUGCCUGCUCCGGCUGGAGGCACCGUACCACCGAGCCAGGCUCACGCAAACACUCUCCCCUCAGUGACUUACCAGCAGCCACACACACGAAACCCCUCAUGGAAAAUUGGCCUCUGCAUAAUGCGACAGGCAAAUCGUUUCCUAAGCGGCGUGGGCCGCCCAUUGGCUCGGGCGGGCCUGUCAAUCACACGGCGCAGGACGGGGGAGGAGGCGGGCCCCUCCGCGGCUGCGGGGCGGGCGGGAGUUCCAGUAAGUCAGCGCCGGGCCGCCGCUGAGUCGCUGCUGCCACGGCCGCGUCCCGAACACUCAACAGGCAGCUGCGCGACCACGGGGAGCGAGCCAGGCUGCAGCCGCCCUAAGCCCUGCGGACCCCACGGGCGCGCUGGCGGGUGCUCCGGCCGGGCAGCGCCGUCCCUCCCUGGGAGCCUUGAUGAAGUGGCGGAGCUAAGUGUCCUUCUCCCUCCCCCGUCUCCGGGCUCCUGCCCCGGGGCUCCCGCCCCCCCUCCGCUCUCCCCGGGAGCGCUGCGCUCCCUCCAGCCCCGCUCCGCUCCUUCCUGCGGGCUUUCUGCCGGCAGCCUGCCCGGCUGCCCAGCGGGCUCCCCUGACUUCCCCCGAGCCGGCCCUUCCCCGGAGCCCGUCCCCUCCCCGCCACCACCAUGGCUGAAGCGCCCCAGCUCGUGGACAUCGACCCCGAUUUCGAGCCGCUGCCCCGGCCCCGCUCCUGCACCUGGCCCCUGCCCAGACCGGAGUUCAACCCGUCCAGCUCGGCCACCUCCAGCCCGGCGCCGUCCUGCGGGGGGCAGCCCGACGGGGCCGCCUCUGCCUCGGCGGUCAGCGUCGAUUUCAUCGGCAACCUGAGCCUGCUGGAGGAGAGCGAGGACUUCGAGCCGCCGCCGCUGCCCCCGGCCGCCGCGGGUGCAGCAGAAGGGGCCGCUCCCGGGGGCGGCUGCCUCUGCGGGGACUUCCAGUGCCAGGAGGCCGGCUGCCUCCACCAGCAGCAACAGCCCGGGCCGCCGCUCCAGCCGCAGCAGCAGCACCCGCCGGUGUCUGCCCUGUCCGCGGGUCCCAUCCCCGGCCAGCCCCGCAAGAGCAGCUCGGCCCGCCGCAACGCCUGGGGCAACCUGUCCUACGCCGACCUGAUCACCAAGGCCAUCGAGAGCGCCCCGGAGAAGCGGCUCACCUUGUCCCAGAUCUACGAGUGGAUGGUCAAGAGCGUCCCCUACUUCAAGGAUAAGGGCGACAGCAACAGCUCGGCCGGCUGGAAGAAUUCAAUUCGUCAUAACCUGUCGCUGCACAGCAAGUUUAUCAGGGUGCAGAAUGAGGGAACAGGAAAAAGUUCUUGGUGGAUGCUCAACCCUGAAGGAGGAAAGAGUGGAAAGUCACCUAGGAGAAGAGCAGCAUCCAUGGACAACAACAGCAAGUUUGCGAAAAGCAGAGGAAGAGCUGCCAAGAAAAAGGCAGCCCUUCAGUCAGGCCAAGAAGGAAAUGGAGACAGCCCAGGAUCACAGUUUUCAAAGUGGCCUGCAAGCCCCAACUCUCACAGUAAUGAUGACUUUGAUAACUGGAGUACCUUUAGACCUAGAACUAGCUCUAAUGCUAGUACAAUUAGUGGAAGACUUUCUCCAAUCUUGCCAGAACAAGAUGACCUUGGAGAUGGGGAUGUGCACUCUAUGGUAUAUCCUUCAUCAGCAACCAAAAUGGCUUCUACUCUACCCAGCCUUUCAGAGAUGAGCAAUUCUGAAAAUAUGGAGAAUCUUUUGGAUAAUCUCAACCUGUUGUCACCUAGUACAUCACUGACCGUAUCGACCCAGUCUUCAUCAGGGACAAUGAUGCAGCAAACACCAGGUUAUUCAUUUGCAUCACCAACCACAAGUAUAGGUUCACCAAAUCCAGACUACCGAAAAUUUACAUAUGCUCAAGCUGGCAUGAACUCUUUGCCCCAGAUGCCUAUGCAAACUCUUCAAGACAGUAAAUCAAGCUAUGGAACGAUCAGCCAAUAUAACUGUCCUGCAGGACUCCUGAAGGAGUUACUAACUUCUGAUUCUCCUCCGCACAAUGAUAUCUUGGCAUCAGUAGAUACUGGCGUUUCUCAACCUAGUGGUAGAGUAUUGGGCCAAAAUGUGCUGAUGGUCUCAGAUUCAGUGAUGUCAACAUAUGGUAAUCAACCAUCCCACAACAAGAUGAUGACUCCCAAUGCCCACCCACACCAAGGACGUAAUCAGCCAACAGUUGCAGUUAAUGGUCGUGCCUUGUCACACACAGUGAAUGCCAUGUCACAUACUUCAGGUUUAAAUCGUUUGUCCACGGUGAAAACUUCAUUACAAGUGCCUAUGAGUCACCCAAUGCAUAUGAAUACAAUGAACCCUUAUGCUGCUGUUAACAGUUGCAAUGGCUAUGGAAGAGUGGGAAUUGUUUCUCUCCAUCAGGAGAAGCUUCCCAGUGACUUAGAUGACAUGUUAAUUGAACGGUUGGACUGUGACAUGGAGUCAAUUAUUCGUAAUGACCUUAUGGAUGGAGAAACAUUAGAUUUUAACUUUGACAGUGUGUUGCCUAACCAAAGUUUUCCACACAGUGUGAAGACCACCACACAUAGCUGGGUGUCGGGCUAGGAGUUAGUGCAAGGCUACAGUUUAAAGCUCUUCAGACAUGUCUGACAACAGGAACCGAGAAAAGUAGUCCAAAGAUGUCCUUCGCCCCUCUUUUAGUUUUCUUGAUAAAACUGUUCUCAUUUUUUCCUUUUGUCAAAAUUGGCAGCAAACAGACUUUUCCUGUACAGGAUGUUUGCCCAGUGUUUGCAGGUUAUGUGCUGCUGUAGAUAAGAACUGUGCCAUUGGAAAUUUCAUUACUCUGAAGUGCCAAAUUCACUACACCAUAUAAUCACAGAAAAUACUUUUGCAUCAUGUUGUGCUUUCAGUUUUUGUACAGUAUGAGCUGUAGAUGGAGAAUUAUUUUUUAAAAAAAUAUCUGUUUGGUCCAAAAAAAACCUAUAAACUUCUUGUAAUACUGUGGUGGUCUCAUGCCCUGAGUAAGUUUAACUUUUAUUGAAGUUACCCAUGUUCUGUUGAACUGAUGAAUUGAGAUAACUAUGGACAUUGUUUUGCAGCUGUAUGAACUGCCUUGUAUUUGUUAAAAUUGAUACACAUUUCAUAUGAGAAAACAGAGGCCUGGUAAAUAAGAUCCAGAUAAGGUCAUUGAAUAGUCAAUGUUCAAAACAAACAAUAGAUUAUAUACCAAUUGGUAUGUUACCAAUCUUUUUAUUAUGUAAAUUUACGCAAAAAUAUUUGUGGGUCUGAUUUCCAGAUUAAUGAGUGGUAUUGUUGGACUUGAGAGAAUAUUUGGAAUAGUUAUAAAGCUAUUUUGUUCUUAUAAUUAAAGUUUACUUUGUUAUAUAGCCUACCUAAAAAAUUUACAGAAUCUAAAAUCUGGCAGCAUUCAUAACCUUCAUUUAUACAGUAUUUUAACUGGAUGAAGUGAACAUUUUUAUAUAUUUGCUUAGCACGUUAGAGUGCUACUAAAAAAAGAAAAAAGCUUAAUGAGUACCUUGCAUUCAAAACAUUUCUGUCCCAUAUUUUUUUGGCAGAAGAGUGAUGUGUAUAGACAGACACUUUCCGUUUCAUGUUUAGGAAAUAUUUAAUCGGUUUUAUAUAUGCAUUUUUAGAAACUUCAUCAGCUUCUAUUACCAUUUUAACUCUGACUACCACAAAGUGUUAAGUAUUCAUUGUUAGAUGCUUGUACAAUGCUUCAUGUUUGUAUUUAUUUCAUGGAGGUCUCAUAAUGUUUGUGGACUCAAAAGCAGGAUCUUUGUUUUAAGAAUGUUCAUAUUUCAAUAAAGUUAAUGACAGAAUUUCCAUUUGUAUUUAGCAUUAGUUUUAGGGUCUGUCAGCAUUUUUAUUAUCACACCCUAUUUUAGGGGGUUUGAAAGUGCUACUAUAAAACUACAUGGGGGAUAAAACUUGCAUUAUAUACCAUUUCAGGGCAAGGACAUAUUUGUUCUCGAUUUCUGGGGGUGGGGAAGAUUAGUGAAAUAGCAAAGUUACAUAAACACAAGAGUUUUAGGGAGAAGGGAUAGCUUUAGUUACUAAGGCUUUGGUCCUGCAAACCUUUACUUUUAGGCGAUUGGGCCCAUUGCAGGGUUUACAGGAUUGGGACUUGACUUGGUAAAUAUUUGCUGUAUUUACAUAGUUAAAUUGUGUUUUGAGGGAUGAAUGGGGAGGUAAACCUGCCUGCCUGCCGCUGAUUACUGCACAUUGUUUAUUAAAAAAACAAAAACCAACUAAAAAACUGAGGAUUUUUAUUCUGCACUUACAAUAUUUGCAAUUUUUACAAUAGGCCCAGGGAUGGAAAUGAAUUUUUCUGCUGUACUAUUUUCAAGUGAUCCAUAACUGGAAAGUGAUUAUAAUCCCAGUUUAGCGCCCAUCUUCUCCAUCGUCAUUCUCCAGAUCAUUUGUGGGAUGUGCCAGGAGAGUGAAGAUUAACAAACACAACAUAAAAAAGUCCAUGAUAUUAAUUACAGUGUGUGCUCGGUGCUGGCAGAUCACUAAAACAGCCUAAUUUGUCUAAUAACUUCCCUAUUAAAUUAAUGAUAUCUGAAAUGUGAUCACAGCUCUUGGCCAUGGCACAAGCAGAAGACUCUGGGACCAGUUUCCAAAGAGCCUCCUUUUUGGUGAAUGUGCAAAAUUUUUGCUCUCCAAUGUCAAUUGACUAGAGUAAGUGAAGUACUGAGUCAUAUAAUUAUUUGACCUCUAUGUGCCAAAAGAGAGACCCUUUGAAAUUUGACCCUCUGGUGCAGGAGCUGAAAAUUCUACAUUUAACAGUUUACCUCUUUAUAAUUUUAUUGCUACUGUAUAACUUACAAAUAUAUUCUUUCUUUUAUAGCUAUGAUGAGCUUGAAUGCAACAGUUCCUUAAUUAAAAUAGGCUGCAGGAAGUCCUGUUUGAUCAUUAUCAGAAUAGAUACUUAUAGAUGGUGGGAAUUUUGGUUCUGCAUUUUCUUUUUAUUUCGUUUUGUGUGUCAAAGUUCUAAUAUUUUUGCUUGUAACUGUGGGAUACUGUGAAAUCUAAUGAAGGGUAGGUUGUCUGUCAUGAAAGCAAACAUUAUGUGACCUCUAGUAAUAAAUUCUUUUCAGUAAAAGUACCGAACUGUUGGAGUAAAUUAGUUUGUCAGAAUUAUUGUAAAUGAUUGCUUUGUGAAUUGUGCAGAUGAUCUUACCUAUGCAGCUUUGGUUUUGACUUUUCUCUGGUUUGUACUGUUAUUAAAAGUAUAUUGUAUUAUAGAGCUGUUCAGAUAUUUUAAAUAUAAAGAUGUAUUGUUUCCAUAAUAUAGCUAUAUGAUAUAUGUUUAGAUAGUAGAUGCAUUAAUUGGAAAGCUCUGCUUUGAUAAACUGACAAAUUGCCUACAUGUAUAAGCAAAAGUUGUACUGCUUAUUAUUGGCUUAAGUCAACAGAGCAUCCCUAAGAAGAGGAGAGAACUUAAAAUUGGACCAAUUAUAAAAUAGUAUAAAAUUUGCACUUGUUAAACCACUGGAUGUAUGUUAGUACUUUUUUAUUUUUUUACUGAUUUGAAGUUCAUAUUUUCAUUAUGAAAUUGCUAGGAUUCUUAAUUUAUAACUGAUUUUAGAUAAGAUGUUAUGUUUUUUGUAAUCAUUACGUAAAAAUGCAGCGUGGUUUAUGCAAACAAACAAAAAACCUUGGCAUUAAAACUUGCCUCCUUUUUGAGGGUUGUUCCACAAACCAGCAAUAUCACCAGAGAAUGGCUUGUAAAUAUGGCUAAUUUUACUCGUGGGUGGUGUAACAACACUUCUGUGUUCCACUGCUCUUAUUCAGCAACAUCGCAGAAUUAAAGUUCAUAUUUGGAUAUUUUCAGAGAAGUGCCUGAUGUACCUACAGACACAAGAACAAUCCUUUACUGUUGUAUAAAGCCAUAAAUGUAUAUAAAUUAUGUUAAAAAGGUUUUGUGUCCUUUCUUGUAUACUGGAAAUGAGAUUUAUACCAGGAUUCUACUUGUGAUUAGCAGUUGUCAUAUUCAAACACUGUAGUAAUUACAUUCCUUACUGCCUAAUAUUUUUAAUAAUGAUGAUCCCAUUUGGACAAUCUUGUUGGCAUUAGCAAUUUUAUGUGGAAAAAUACCUCAUGGUACCAAGUCUUGGAUUUCAGCAAGAUGAUACCAUAUUAAUAAGCAAACACUAACUGCAAAAUAGCUAACAGAUUUUCCAGUACUUCAUGUAAGGGGAAUUAUCUCUUGGAAUUUCUUCUGGAAUUGGAAUGGUAUCAGGUACAGUAACUUAAUAGGGCUGUGUUAAGUAUUUUAUCACAACAUAUUGUGAUAAAACUAACUUGUUUAUAACUCUUUGGGACUAAACACAAGAAGAAUCCAUGCCUGAGUUGACAAGAUAUAUUGUGUAGAUAUACUUUGUUGCUGGAAGCUGCUCUACACAGCUCAAGCAUUGUUGCCAUUGGUUCAACAAGCCUGGUUCAGAGAAAAUUGCAAAAAUUCCUGAAAUCCCUUCAGAAUGCAUAUUUGUAAGUAUAAGCUUUUAAUAAAAUUGCUAUGACAUGAGAUGGUGAUUAAUGUAUUAGAACUUUAUAUAAUACAUUUAGAAAAUGUGAAACAAAAACUUAAAUAAAACCACAGGAAGGAA